CUGCUCUUAGAAGCUUUAGCAUGACAAGUAUAAUAAGGGCAUAGAGUAGCAAGCCAAGUUAUUGUUUAUCAAAGUCAGUACCCAUCGGAUUAACACACUUCGCUCUCUCUCCAUAACCCAGCUCCAUAUCCACAAAUGGCCCCAUCAAAGAGUCCUGGUCCUGUGGACGCCUUGACUGUCAACAUCCCUAAAGAACUCGAGCCCAAGGGCCCCAAGGAGACUGCUAUUAUACCAAAAAGUCAGUCCAAGAACGAGAAAGCCGCGGCAUCCGACGAAGCCAAGUCCAAGGCCUGAUUUUGCAACCAAAUCCACCAAAUCAGCACACAAAACCUCCCCUUGGGUAUUGAGGUACGGAUGAUCGCGAAGAACCCCAUACAUUAUUCAAGGCAAAAUGAAAGGCCGUGAACUGUAAAGUUCGAAGCUUCAUGUUUGUCAAAGAUUGCAGCAAAGGACUUUGUGGCUGUGAGAACAAAUUCAAAAGUUGUGGUUAUUCACAUAGCACCGGCACUUUAAUUUUGGGAUACACUUUCGAUUCAUUUGGUAAAUUUACAUUAUUUAGAUUAGGACAAUAAACACUUAUUGGA